CUACAUUUUUCCCAAGCUCUGUUGGGGAGCUCCGUUGUGAUCCCUGUCAGAGCGGUCAGUGGUGGUAGCUGGGCACCAUCUAGCUGUACUGGACUCAGUCUGGUAGAAGGCAUAGUAGUUGUGGUCCAUUAGUUCUUUGGACUAAUCUUACCCUUGUGUCUUUAGUUUUCUUCAUUCUCCCUUGCUCCUGAAGGGAUGAGACCAUUGGAGUAUCCUAGAUGAUGGCUACUACUUUUACUGCUUGUUCUGACUGUGGCCUUCCUCCCUUAAAGGAUGUUUUAUCUAUGUAGUAUACUCAGCAAUAUGUGAAGUGCUGUUUAACAAGAACUAUCUCUACAGUUCACACUUGCAAAUUAAGAUUGUAUUAGACAUUUUAGCAUGUUUCAGUAACAGUAUAAAGCUAAAUCACAAGGAUCUCAUUGAUUGUAUGACUAGAUUGGUUCUAUAGGGUUGCCUUAUGAUAAAGAUUGUAUUCGUUUCCUCCCUUAAAAAAAAACUUUCCAUCGAGUCAAUUCCAAAUCAUAGUGACACUAUCAGACAUGUAUAAUCAAUGGUAACAAUAGCUACUAUUUUUUGAGUUCUGUGUGCUAGAUGGAAACUCUGAUGGCAUAAUGGUUAAGUGCUAUGGCUGCUAACCAAAAGGUCAGCAGUUCGAAUCUGCCAGGUGCUCCUUGGAAACUCUACGGGGCAGUUCUACUCUGUCCUAUAGGGUUGCUAUGAGUCGGAAUCGACUCGACAACACUGGGUUUGGUUUUUUUUUUUGGCUAUGUGCUAGAUGCUUUUCAAGUAUUAUCUACAAUUGCAACACUCCUGGAAGGUGGCAAUAUUUUGCACUAUUUUACGGUUGAGAAAACUGAGGCUCCAACAUGUUAAGUAACUUUUUCAAAGCAAGAAGGAAGGAUUCACAUUGAAAUGUUCAUAGCCCCUUAACUUGGUACAUCAAAAUAAGAGCCCCUAGUUCUGAUUUUUUUGACCCAGAAAAUUACUUUUUUGCAGGUUUAUAAGAUAAUUUUAGUGUAUUGUGGGGAUAAUUAUAAGAAUUUGGAUUUUAUUUGAUUCUUCAUGGAAAAGCAAUGUGGUUUGCUGCUCUUUACAUCAUACAGGGAGUCAUAGAUGUUAACAGGGGAUGCUAUUACUACUUGUCUUUCUCCCUCCGUGUAUGAUAUGAUCUGUAAACUUGGGUUUGAAGUCAUAGAAAAUCGUGAUAUCAAUAGCAUUGUAACUGAAAAUGGCGAAGUUUGCUGGAAAACAAUCACAGAAUGUCUGAGUUAUACAGAAUCAGACAAAAACCUGGAUUACCGGGGAAGUGUGCGACAGCUGGGUCCCCUGUGUGAAGCCAUCCAUCUGCACUUUUCAUCUCUGACCAAGGCAGAGUUUGAAAUUCGCUAUGCAUCGUGGUUCCAGUGGACAAACUUCCCAGAGUUAUUUCCCGAAAUAUUUGACGCCUUGGAAAGUCUGCAGUCUACUGCUAUUUCUCUCAGCCUGACGAAGCUCACGUCAUGUCUGGAACGAGCUUUGGGUGAUGUGUUCCUGCUGGUUGGGAAGGAAUGCCCCUUUCUCCUGAGAGAUCUACUCGCAUCCAGUGAACUUGCCCAAGUCUUUGGGCAGCCUGUGAUGAAUGUACUGAAAGUAUUCGUCGGCUCUCCGUCUGGACUCAACCUGCGCAAUGUCUUGUGGCAUGGGUUUGCAGCCCCUCAGGAGAUUCCUCCAAAGUACUGUUCAAUGACGGUAUUGUUGACAGCAGGAUUGGGUCAGCUCCUGAAAAGUUUCAUCCAACAAACAAAACGCACAUUGUCACAUCGGUCUUUCGUGACUCUCACAAACUCAGAGGAUUUGAUCGUUUUUCCUGGUGUUACUGAGGAGGCACUGUCAGUAUUGGAAGAAGCGAUGAAGAAAUCCACUUUUAUAUUAAAAUCAAUGCUACCGUACUGGGAGGUUGCAGUCUUCAAGUUCAGGUCCCACAGGUUUGCAGACUGUGUUAUACUGUUGUUGACACAACUAGAAGCUGGACUUAGAGGAGCUUUUGCCACAGUCAACAAGUGUCCACAGAGACUCCUGACGGCCGAGUCAACAGUUCUUUAUACCACCUUUGAUGAGAUCUUGGCAAAAGAGUUAAACGAUGGUAAAAUGAAUCAACUUCCACUUCUCCUUGGGGAGCCUACCAUGGAAUUUCUCUGGGACUUCUUGAACCAUCAGGAAGGUCCCCGUAUAAGAGACCGUUUAAGCCACGGGGAGGUCAACUUAAAUGAAUUUCCAGAAGAAACAGCAAAGCAGUUGCUUGCAUUUUCCACUGUGCUUUUACUCAGGUUCACCAGUGGAGAUGUAGUGUCAGAGUUUAAGGAAAAAGCAGCAAUAAAACCAUUGAUGAGCAUCACAGAAGGCUAUAGUUCUCGCUUUCAUCCAGCUUCUCAGCUAAAAAAGCAGGUGCUGAACUGUGAGGAAAGCGUCCACAGCUGGCCUGCACUUCCGGUGCUGGAAGAAUGUGUUCCGGAAGCAGCCAGGUCAGAAGGUCAAUUUGAAACAAAUGCCUGCAGCUCUUUAAUUAUAAAAAUUAUGUCUGAGCUGUGCCCUCACAUACCUGGGUGUCACAGUGAUUUUGAUAACUUGGAUUGUCUUCCUACCGAGAAGUGGUCCCAGGUGCUCAGGGCACUCUGCGGCACAUCUGUGCCCACUUUGUACUGCCCCCGAGUUGUUCUUGAAGUGGUUGCUGUGCUCCGAAAAGUCAGCGCACGGUGCCAGCAAGUGUCCGACCAGGUCGUCUCCUCCGCGGAGCUGCGGCACCAGCACUGGAUGGAGAGGACCCUGCGGUCUCGGCAGAGGCAGAACUACCUGCGCAUGUUGAAGAGCAUUAAACUUCUGUCCCCUGUCCUUUACCUGAUUUUAUUGUUCCUUGCACUGGAAUUGGUCAACGUUCAUGCUGUUCAAGGAAAAACUGCCGGUGAAUAUCAGCAGUAUUUGAAGUUCUUAAAGUCAGUCUUGCAGUACACUGAGAACCUGGCAACUUACACCAGCCGGGAGAAAAACAAAUGGAAUGAAACCAUCAGCCUUACUCAUGGAGCAUUAUUGAAAAUUUGGACUUUUAGUGAGAAGAAACAAAUGUUAAUACAUUUAGCCGAGAAAUCCACAAAUAAAGUAGUCUUCUGAAAACA